AUGGCAGAAUGUCUGAAUAACCUCGUCUACCACCAGCAUGGCAACACGGAUGAAAACUACAGCACCUCUUUCAACCCGCGCUCCACCUCCUUGGAGAUCCGCACCCCAGAAGAGCUCGCAGCCGUAAACGAGUUCCUCCUCACCCUCGGCCGCGAUGUUUCUGAUGGUCGGCAUCAGCCGGUGCCCAGUCCAAACCUCCCCACAGACGCUUUCGACGCUGCCAACUUGAGUCAAUUUGGUCUCGCCGGGAUGCCUGGCCUACCGGUCUCACUUGACUCAUGA